CACUUGGAAACAUCAAACCUACCAUUUAAUUUAAACUUUCUUCAAUAGAGAUAGGGGGUACGAAUAUUUAUGGGACUCACUGUAUAUGAGUGACGUGGCGAUCAACGUGUUAAAAUAAGAACAUACGUCCUAAUAACGAUGCGACUUAUUUUUUCUUCUGGUAAAGUCUCAAAGUAAACGUACUACUACCUUUGCUACGAUUUGUAAGCAUGGUUCGGUUGGUUCAUUCUUUGUAUGCUUCCAAUAUUACGGUCCAUAUGCUAGAGUGUUUGCUAAGAAGUCAGAGUCACCAUUCUGUAUAUCAGGAACAAAAGUGAACGACUAAAAAUACUGUGUUCGUGUGUUUUAUGUUAGGUAUACUCGUCCGUAUUCUGACGUGAAUGAAAGUCACGACCCGCGACGCCGAAUCGCGUCGGCGUCGCUCGUCGGUAUAAAGGGCUCCUAACGAAGCUCUGAUUGCGGGCCAGGGCGUUUCGAUUGGACCGUGAUAAAAAAAAUCAGCCAGCACGGUGUUCGGCCGCAGAACGGCACCAAUGUAAAAGGCGGCUAAAAAUACAAUCUUCGCUCGCGUCGCGUUGGCGUGAAACCGCGCGGCUCGUUUACGCGCCGUGUCUAUUGAUGUGACCCCGAUACGUAGUCAGCUCUAAAGAAAAAAAAAAAAAAAAAUAACCCCGGGUUUUAUUGUUCGCAAUAAACUGGCAACGUCCAAGAAGAGUCAUCUCGACGGUCCUCUCGACGCCAGACCGUCUGCUUUGUGUAAAGAGAAUUGUAUCGCCGAAGGACACUCGAUUGCAGCUAAAGAGGCCUAGCGCGACGAACGCUAUACCGCGGUAUCCUCCUAGAAAUAAGUCUGUGUUACGUCUGGUCUAUCUUGUCAUUCUGAAUAAUAGGAAACGCGUAAAAGAGUCGUACGGCUUCCAAUGAGACACAAUUUCCUGUUCUUUCAUCCUUCGUGCCCUGUCUUUUGGGUUCUACCUACUUUGGUUUGUUUUCGAUAAAAUUGAAGUUCCACAUUUUUAUUGAUUGAUAAUUUUGAGGAGACAGUUGCAAACAGUUAUCGGUUGCUGAUGAUUAUCGUGUAUCCUCAAAAUAUCGCGAGGUUGUGGUUCGCCUUCAGUACGGUCUAUAAAAAAAUGCAACAUACGGUAGUUAUUUAUAAUCUGGGGUACAUAGACGUUCCAUUUUCCAGGUUGGUUUAAAAGAAGCGCAGUCCCAAGGAUAUCGCACGCUUCGCUAGACGAGGGAAACGUAUCAUCUAGGGUAGAAACUCCGCCGUGAGAAUAAUUGGCAUCGAUACGAGAUACCAAGCUAACGAGCGAUCUGUGUUUAUCUGUGGCGCGGUAUUUCGUAGACCGCGAAGGGAUUGUUGGUGAAACGAUUCCAGAAGUAGGUUGAAACGAGCGGACUAAUAAUUUUCUGUUGGUAUCGAGAGCUGUUACAUCUAUGGUGCCACGGGAUUUCUCUUCCAGCUACGACAGCAAGGCAGAAAAGUUAGAAAGAUUGUCAUUGCUCGUUGGAAGUUGUUACUACCGGUCCGUGGAGAGUCUUUCUUAUUAAUCUUGUCGACGAUGCAGUCUUUCAACAAGAUGUCACGUUGGACUUAUUUCACGACCGUCAGGGGAAUUCGCAAACUUUUGCUUAACCGGUUGCCAGCGUAACCAUAAAUUUCUUCGUCACUCCAGAGUGAGCUUCAUCUUUCAUUUUGCAAGGAGAUGAAAAGCGUUUCAAGGAACUUAUACUUAAAGACAGAAACGAAAACGUGUUAGAAAAGUCAUGGUACAAGCUUCGAGGGGAUGAAGUUUCCUAUUUUGUAACUUCCUGUAACAGACGAACAUAUCCAGUAGAGGAUAAGGAACUUGCGAACCGAUAAGGGCGGCUUAAUCUGACCAAGUGAAGGCCUGCCGAGAAAAUCAUAGCUCGGCGUCGAAACAGCUGACUCGCCGUAAAACGAGCGUCAGCCAGCCAGCCAGACAGAGCGAAGAAUAUCAUCCCCUUUAGAAGGGCUCCAGACAGACGAACCCUCUAGGCAACGGCCCUCUGUCCCCUCCUCGUUACCGUCGACCACCGUCCCAUUGCCAUAGCAACCCCUUGGAUUCAGCAGCCAGCCUAACCAACCGAUUUGCCCAGCUCCUCGCCCCGCCUGUUCGUCGAACAUUUACAUCAAACACGCUUUUCUCUUCUUUACGCGCUGGAAAUCAGGCAACCCUUUGUUCCGGGUGAGCUCGCCGCUGUGUUUUGCGUGCGUGUCAAACGUCUUUGCGUCGGUGCCACGCGAUUGCGAGUCGUAUGGACGUCGCGAGUCUGCUCUGACUUUCAAUUAUUAACGCGUCGAGCGUCACAAAUAGAAAGAAAAGAAGCGUGGGCUGCGACCACGGCCCAUGAAAGAACCCUGCGCGGUUCUUAACGCGAUAUAGCUGUCUUCGCGUGCUUUUUUCUUUUCAGUCAACUUAACGUGGGGAAAGUCACCCGCAGAACGCCACGUUCUGUGAUGUAUGAAAUCACAUAGAGAGAUUCGAAAGAUUCAUCCGCGACACGGUGAACCGACUCUACACCCAUUACGAGCCCCGGAGUACAGUUUGCGGGCUGUUCCGAGGAUAGACCUGGUCUAACGUUUUCACUAUAGAGGCAGCCAUACUUCGGCGAGCCGAAUAAUGGUCGCGCAAUUUCUCAAAUUGGCUGCCACUUUUUUCGCCGACUCGCUCGGAUCGAAUCGACGACGUCACGAAGUCUUUCGUCUACCUUCUUAAAGUCCACAGUGCAUCCUCAAGCUUCUGUCAGUCGCGUGUCGCGAUUCAUCCGUUCCUCGAGAUAACGUACGAGUGUGUACAGUGGAUCUUUCUAAAUAUAUAACGGAAAAAAUGAUUCUUGUUCUCGAUACGAGAGUUCUACCAAUCAUGAGUACGAUUGCAGCGUUGAUCGCCGCUCAGGAUACCACGUCGAUGAUAUAUCCGCUCGUGGAAAAUGGCUCAUCGUCGGAAAGAUUCGAACCCUCUGUUCGAUCGGAUCUGGCGCGACCUGGAGAGACUCUUGCACGACCUCUGACCGCGUCGAUGAAUCAUUUUGUUCACGCGCCUCAGAGAACGUUCAUCGAUCACAGAAGUGACCUUCCGUACGUUUACGAACAUCCAUAUUUCGGGUAUCCGAUGGCGCACUCCAUCGAUCACUCGGUUGGACCAUCGUCGAAGCAACUCAUGAUCGUUAGUUUCAUCGGUUUGCUGUUGUUAUUCGCGGUAAUAACGAACACGAUAGCGGCUACGAAACGGAGAGACUUGACGGAGGUAUUAUCGGGCAGAGAGAAGAGAGACAUCUAUGCUGCUUACGAUUUUAACUCAGUGAGCCCUGAACAGAAAGACGUUCUCAACGACGAUGCCAGGGUACGUUGCAUCCAGAAAACGGUCUGCUUGGAAAAUCGAAAGCUCUCGAAAGCGUUUGGGGUCACCGGCAAGAUACUAGCUAAAUACUUAACACGUACCGUCGGGAAAUCGCUGAAAUCGACUUCUGGUUGGGAUCGUCUGGUGGAGGACGCAGGCGAGGCUGGGAUUCGUGACGAGGAUUGCGACGUGCUUUAUAGGGACUGCAAGUGACUGCUGUGUUCGAAUUUCAAGAAUGUAACGGGAUGCGAGCAACGAUCGACUAAAACUCAAAAUAAAAGAGAAUGUUAACGUAACAAGUUCUUUUCCUUAUUGACAGUGGAAAUAAAGUAUUUUCUUUGGUAACAAUUUUAAAAAUCAAUUACCCUAGAUAGUUCAAAUCUUGAUCCAUGAAUUAUCGACACCUUGAAUAUAUAAGCUUAAAGUACCGCCAAUCGAUGUCACGAAGAACCGAGCGAUGAGGUUGGAUGCGUCGAAAAUAUCGAUGGCUCGGGACGUUGGAUCACAAUCGCCGGACUAAUAAAAAUGCGGGCAGUAUUAAUGACUUUUAAUUUUAAUUACAAUACGCUGUUUUUUUGUUCUUUAUCCGCUACAAACAUCGACAUCUAGCCUGAACUAUUUUAGAUAGCAGUCCGCUCUAUACACGCUCCAUUUACACUCUCUUUUUCUCCAAUCGUUCUUUCUCGUCGUCGGAAUUAUAAAAAAAUAUCAAAUCACGAACAGAAUGGAGACAAACGACCGCGCGUACUGCACUCCCUUUUGUUUACUUUGUCUGUUACGUUUGUAUCAUUUUGUGGUUUUUUUUUUCAGCUUUUAUUCAGUCGGUUUCGUUCGUUUAUAUUCGUCACCAUCGUGAAAUACCUUUCUCCUCUUCGUUUUCAUCGUUUCGACCCACGUCGACCUCCUCCAGUCACAACUAAUUAUACAGUAACGCUAUCCAUAUUAUUAUCGAUAUAACAUUAAGGCAUUACAUAUUUAUAAAUUCUUCGCGUUCACUCGCCGCUAUACAGCAAUACCACGCUAAACUCGGUAAACUUAUGCUUAAAUAGACGUGAGAUCGCUCGUUGGAAAUAGUCCAGGCUUAAGGGAAAAGAAACACAAGGGAAAAGAAUGUUUCGCGAGGCACGCUUGCAAGCUGGACCGGACGUGAUCUUGGAAAUUCGUGUCUACGUUUAACACUGUAUAUCCGAUACCAUUGGAACUAUUCGUCAGUCCUUUAGCUGUGAUUUAUUAAGGGGGUGACAUUUGACCUUCGUUUAUUUUUGCGAUAGAAAAUCUACAAUUUCGGUGUUUGAUUAGAGAAGAAAAUUAUACAGCGAAUAAUUCACGCAAUCUUCGCGAAUUAAUUCAUUCUGGGUUAGCUUGGGUGACUUCGACGCGUUGUAAGGGUACCAUUGCCCAGUUCAGCGUUAAACGAUCUUUCUCUUCGCGUUUCUUAUAGUGGAAACUACAUAUGUUCUCUUCGCAAAUAAAUCGUGCUUUUCCGUCCCGUAAAUCGCGCUAGAGAAUUCACUAAAUUCAAAUUUUGGGGAAAAGAACGAUUCAUUUCUCGCGCUCGAAGAAAAAGAAUGAAUUUCCGUCGAGGACUGUCCGGUGACAGAUGCGCUCGCAUUUUUUUUUUUUUUGUUCGUCCGUCUUUCCCUCUCGCAUUCAUCUUUUGUUUGCUCGGUUCUUUCACACUUACUCUCUCUUAAGGACGCAUACACACGCACACACAUUGCAUGAAACAUCUUUCUUUCUUUUAUCACUUGCAUGCACGCAGCUUAAAAGACCUGCUAAUUAUCGUAUCGUCAAUAAAUUAGACGCAUUUGUCGAGGCAACGUAGUUUGCACAAACAGGCGGCAGGCAGUUCACGGAAAGUACUUCGAAACAUCUACGUUUUGAAAUUCUCGUCUCGUCUCCAUGUCUCUCCGUUUCUAAACGUUCUUUGCGACGGAUACGAACGAAUCGAACGUCUUCGCGUUUUUCUUUAGGUGAUCGCGAGCCAACGUUUGCAUUUAUUUUGCCACGAUCGAUCGAUCGAUCGAAUUCAUCGGCUUGGCAUUCGUGUCGAAAAUCUUCUCGAUCCAUCGCGUGUCCGCUUACUUAAAUUAUAUAAAAACAAUCGAAUAAAAAUUUGCUUUCGUUCGAGGGAUCGAUGUCAAUACAUUAAAAAAAAGUUUUCGUUUUAAACGUAAAUAAACCUCCUUCUGUUAUUAUUUUUUGUUGGGAGACCCAACGGGAAACAUUAUUCGAAUAAAAGAAACCGAAUUCGACGGCGAAGGCCUCGAUCAAACGUUAACAGAUAUAAAACAAAAAAUAGGAGAAUCUCGCAGUUUUCAACGGAAACUCGUUCGUCCUAGUAAAAAAAAAAGAAGGAAAAAAAAUAGUAAUAAAAAUAAAAUAACACAUCGUGACAUAAAUAGAAUAAAAAUUAAAACGAAUAAAUCCAAAAUUUAUAAACGAUAAAACAGUCGAGGACACAACGCGAGUCCGCGGCGGUAUAAAAACACGUUUCUUUAUUUUUUACUUGCUUUAUUCGGUGUAAUUGAUCGAUCUUACGUUCGAUCGUCGACGCGAUUCGAAGCAACAGGAAGUCUUGGACUCCAUAUUUUAUAGAUUUUCCAACCGUACAAAAACUGAAUCCACAAAUGUGCCGACCAACACGAUACAAUCGAUCAAUCAAUUAAACUAUUGAGUCGAUACAAUAAUAAUAAUAAUAAUAUUAAUCAUUAAUUAAUAAUAUGUACAACAUUCUAAACAUUAUUUACCUCUUUUAUUUCUAUUUCAUACUUGGAACGUGACACGCGAGCUAUGAACAAAGAAAAUAUAGGUGAUCCGAUUAUCGUGAAAUAGUCCCCGUAGAGAAGAUUAAAGAUACAACGCGAGGCGAUUGCAGCGAAGAAUGCUAAAAGAAAUGAAAACGUCUUUGAGCGGGUGAAUCUUAUUUGUGUUUUGCGUCUUUCGAAACACGCGUGUGUGUACACGGUGUCUAUUAUUCUCAUAAUCUGUAUCAGACUCCGUGACGCAAGACUGGCCACAUUUUUCACGCAUGCAUGAUCAAAAACAGCGACCAAGAGUG